UUGCAAGUGUCGCCAUCAAUAGCGUCACGACUCACAACGGCUGAGAGCUUGGACUGUCUAUUUAGACACCACAGGCUCCCUCUGCAUACUACGAGUACUCUUGCUGCAGCGAUCCACUGCGAGUACACGUACAAGGCCGACUCACAAAGCCGAGCUCACCCUAUCAUGGGCUAUCCCGAAGUCCGGCGAUCGGAGAUCCGAGAUCCGGCUCGAAGGACCAAUGUUUGGUCUAAUGGUUGA